AUGGCACUCAUUCCAAUUUUAUUCCGUGAUGGGUGGGUAGAAGACUUGGACCAUUAUCCACGGCGUUAUGGGCAUUUGUGUCGACGCGAUAUGUUCCCCGAUGAGUUUCUUAUGCUGUUGGAUAAUAAUCCUAGACGAUUUGGACGCAAACGAUGCUGCAGUCACUUCAGGUUGUGUAACAACAACAGUGAAAAUGAACAGCAAAUUGAGAAUAAAAAGCCCAAAGACGGGUUCCAAGUGGCCGUCAACGUUCAACAGUUUAAACCGGAGGAGAUUUCGGUGAAGGUAAUCGAUAAAUGCAUCACCGUGGAGGGAAAGCAUGAGGAGAAGGAUGGAGAAAAUGGAUACGUUUUGAAACAUUUUAUUCGUAAAUACCAGUUACCAGAUGGGGUUGAUGAUGAUAAUAUGGUAUCAUCACUAUCAUCCCAUGGAGUGCUGACGGUGUGUGCACCGAAGCUGACACUGUCUGAAGCAGCGAAACAGCGAACGAUACCGGUGAUAAGGGAAGCCGAGUCAUCGGAUGUAGAUGCCAAGGAGAGAAGGGAAGGUACAUUGGAAAAUUCGGAAGAGUGA